AUGUCCAAUAAUGAGAAUAAAACUACCAACAACGUACAAAGCCUAUCUAUGCUAAUGAAUCCAGUGCUUUCGCCUAAAAAUAACACUAAUACUAACAACAUAAACAAAACUGUAGAUACAAAUAGCUACAUCAGUCACAAUAAUUAUACAGUUGAUCAUACUACAAAUACAAGUAAAUCUGACCAGUCUAUUGCCGCUACCAUAGGUAGUAGCAGUACCAUAACACUUACAGAUCAAAUGAUUAAAAGAGGUCCGUGGCUAGUAGAGGAAGAUCAAUUGCUAUUAAAGUUGGUGGAACAAUACGGUAUUUCUAAUUGGGUUAGAAUAUCUUCUCAUUUGAAAAGUAGAACUCCCAAACAAUGUAGAGAAAGGUAUCAUCAGAAUUUAAAACCUAGUUUGAACAAAUCUCCAAUAACUGAUGAAGAAGGUGCCCAGAUCGAAGAAUUGGUUAAUAAUAUAGGUAAAAAAUGGGCAGAAAUUGCUAGAAUAAUUGGAAACGGUAGAAGUGAUAAUACUAUAAAAAAUUGGUGGAACGGUGGUCAGAAUAAAAGAAAAAGGAAAAUGGCUAAGGAGUUGAAACAAAAAUUAAAAAAUGGUACCCUUACUAAAAACACCUUGAAGGAUGUAGAUAAUGGUAAUAAUAGUAGUAUCAAUAAUAAUAGUAAUAUCAAUAAUAAUAAUAAUAAUAAUAAUAAUAAUAAUAAUAAUAAUAAUAAUAAUAAUAAUAAUAUCAAUAAUAAUAACGGUACUAACAACAACAACAACGAUAAUAAUAAUAAUAACGGUAAUAAUAACAAUAAUAAUAAUAAUAUUAACCAGUUUAUACCGGGUAUACAUUCCUUAACUAACAAUGCUACAUACAAUCCUGCUUCCAAGAACACCUUCACUUCAAUACCUUCCAUCGAGGACCAUUCUUCCAUUAACAAUGGUAACAGUUCAAUGUUUAAUAAUCAGAGCUCUUCCGAGAUGUACCUACCACAUACAACGAGUAACUUGGGUAGUAAUACACAUAUGUCUGCAUUGCCUAGCACCUCCAUUCCUUAUAUCAAUCCGUCUUCAAGAAAAAACUCAUAUUCUUUUGAUCUCAUCAGUAUUAAUAACAACAAUAGUAAUAAUGCUAAUAGUAACAAUAAGCACACACCUACAAAUUGUUCUUCUGGCACAACAUCACGCAGGUCAUCGAUGGUUUUUUUGGAAGGUGCCAAUAAUAAUCAUAAAAGAAGAAGUGUUGCUGGACUAUCAUCAUCUGCUUCUGUAUGUUCAUCACCCGCAUCUAUGGCUUCAUUCCAACCUUAUAACAUUAAUACCGCAAUCAGUGGCAAUCCUAUUGCAUCCAAUAAUGGUAUAACUACGAUAGGCAAUGGCGGCUAUUUUCCUCAUUUGACACAUCACAGAUCUUCUAUUAUAUCCUUGACUCCAACUCUAUCCAAUACCUCAUUGACAUCACAAGGGAGUAUAUCUUCUAUUUCCAAUAUUAGUACUAUCAAUAGCAAUGCUAAUGUCAACGGUGGAUCACACACUUCUACUUCCAACUCCAAUUCCAAAUCUAAUUCCGAUCCUAGUCCUAAUAUAAACCCUACUUCUAACAACACAAACAACGCUAUUAAUAAAGGUGCUACGUAUUCGUCUAUUAACUCAAAUAGUGUUAAUAAUGUUACAACUAGUACUAAUGGGACAGAUGGUUCAUUAUUUAAAGCUAAUUUUAAGUUUCAACAGCAGCAGCAGCAGCAACAGCAACAGCAACAACAACAACAACCACAAGUGGCAUAUGCAAUUAAACCGGGCAAUAAUGUCAAUAAUAAUAAUAAUAAUAAUAAUAAUAAUAAUAAUAAUAAUAAUAAUGGCAGUUUAUUUACAAAUAAACAUUUUUCUGGUGUAACCGGCUCCUCAUCUUUUGGAAUAAAUAAUAAUAAUAAUAAUAAUUUUCCAAACAAUUCUGUUAUUAGCAAUAUUGUUUCAAGUGGCAUUGAUGACAAAGGCCCUCUAGAUCCAACAAAAACGAGGAGAAAUUCGAUUAUUACAGCAUCUACCAAUUCUCACUCAACACAAUCAAACAGUAGUAACCUCGCCACUACUUUCAACGGUAAUGGUACUAAUUUUGUGGAGGAUCCUAGUUUUAUUGAUAAAUAUAAUGUAUUACCUAAAUCAAGGAACAACAGUGUUCAUUCAUUACAACAACAGCAUUGCUUUCAUUUUCAACCACAGCAACAACAUUUUAAUGGUAACAUUGGGACUAGACAUAAUAGUGUUCAUUCAUUAAAUACAUAUUCUCAGAAUUCCAUAUCAGGCUCUAUGAAAACAAAUGCCAAUACUGUUUUUCCUAGACAUAAUAGCGUUGCUGGGUUAUAUUUUUAUGGUAAUCCGACUACAGUGACCUCUUCUUCAAACAGUAGUAGUUUAAUGCCUACAUUAACAGCCUGUAAUCAGGCACAACAGCAACAACAACAAUUGCCAUCUACAAUAAAAAGCGCUACAUCAAAUAUUACAAGCGGCCUAAUGCACCCACCACAUAGCGCACCUAUUAGCUUCGGAAUUGGCAAUAAUGAUAACAACAAUAACGACAACAACAAUAAUAAUAAUAAUAAUAAUAAUAAUAAUAAUAAUAAUAAUAAUAAUAAUAAUAAUAAUAAUGGUGGUAUUAGCAAUAUCGGUAUGAGUGAUAAGAACAUUGAUGUUAAUGGUGCUAAUACUCAUAAUAACAAUAAUAAUAAUAAUAACAAUAAUAAUAAUGAUAAUAAUAAUAAUAAUAAUAAUACUCAAUUUAUUAACCCGGUAUCUGUAUUCCCACAACAAUACCAGCAAAGUGCUGUUUCAAACAACGUUAAACAACAUGUUGUUUUGCCAGGCAUAAGUAAUUUAGAACAUCUAAUACAGACCGGGUUGAAUGUAUCAACCAAGGGGGCAGGAAGUAAUAAAACUAAUACGAGCAUUUCCAGCACGACUGGUGGGUUUGGUUCUCUAACUAAUACCCUGAAUUCUAAUUAUGGCAAUAAUAAAUGA